GAAACGAGUCUUUCAUUACCUUAACAACCGCUUGAUCGAUAGUGUCAAAAAUGGACAGCGUUCUUCUCCCCACAGAGAUCGAGUUUUACGUCGAUACGAUGGCCCCCCAAGACAUCCGAGCCAUCGGAAACAAACAGUGGUUGGAGUGGCACCAAAGACUCCAAAAACUGAACCAACAAGCCCUAAUCGAAGCCUCGCAAUUGCGCGAAGAGCACGUCAAAGAGACACUAGUCGCGUUCCAGAAAGCCCCCAUCCUGGUCCACGAAGCCAUCCUUGUCAACAUCUGGAAACACAAAGUGCUGCCCCAGAUGCUGAAACUCGACCCCGAGCCCAAAAACACCUUCAUGGCAUACACAAUUCUGUACCACGAAGCCGUCUGUGUGGCCCUACUGGAACUGGUGAUGUAUCAUGGGAGUUGUUGUGACAGUUUGGGCGACUCCUCGGGGGAUUUACUCGACUACGCUUGCGGGACAACAUCACAACUCCUCUCAAUCAAGAAAGAAUCAACAGAAUUGUUAAAACAACUCGAGGACUUGAAAUUCGAUAUUGGAAUCCGGUGUUUGUCGAUUAUUCGCUACAUGGCGGAGUACCUGGACCGGCUCCCGCUCAGUGUCGCCUCCCGGAUGUACUCCACGUGCGAUGUCCCCAUGUUGUUGGCCCAAAUUCUCCUCGUCCGGCCCUGGAUUCGCGACGGGAAGCAGUACUCGGCCGGGAAGUGGAUGGAUUGGGACGGCGAGGCUUUGGGCCAGGCCGAGGCCCAAGUCUGGUUGGCUCUGCGUCAGUUGUUGCUAGAUGGGGCUUGUCGCGACUUUUACACCGUCACGGAGUCGCGGAGGGCGCAAUUGGGCAAGGUGAUGGUGAUGCUAACGCCGGUUUUGAUGGAUCAGUUGGCGCCACUUGUCGAGUUGAAGCAGUGGUUGGCACAUGUUGCGAUGGCCGAGCAAGUGGCCAAGGGGGCGAAGCCGAUUUUGCUCGAGACGGUGUUGGAGGUCAAGGAGCGGAUUGUGGCGCAAGUGGGGGGCAAGUGGAAGAAGGUGGCGAAGGAGCAGUUGCCAGUGGUGUUUUGCAACGAUCAAAAGACUCUCAUGGAGUAUGCACAGACGUUGAGUGACGCUUACAACACCGACUUGAUUGAGAAAUUCGAAGUCAAGGAGAAAGCUUCCUGUCAGCAGUGUGGGAAAAACGCAAUUCAGAGAUGUUCGCAUUGUAAAAAAGUUUGGUAUUGUUCGCGUUCAUGCCAGGUGACUGACUGGCCCACACACAAGGAAAUUUGCAAUAAAACACAAUAACUUUUUAUGAAAUUUUAUUUUUAUAAAAUAAACAAUUACUUAGCGUU